AUGGACACCACUGCAGCACCUCGCCGUCAGGUGGGGAUAUUCUCAAUUCUGUCCGAGUCAGUGUAUGUGGGGAUGUGUAACAAGAUAGGGACCCCACAACAGGUGGCAGCCAGGAGAGAUAUAGUGGAUAUAUUGGAGCUGUUUGGAAAUCAACAUGCUGUGAGGGGAUUAAUGAGUAGCGGAAGUCGGAAAGAAGGAUUUAGAUUUAGUGAUUCAGACAUGGACACUAUGUUUUGGCAACAUAACCACCGAGUGAUCUGGGACUUCUCUCAGUCUGAGUAUUACAACAUACACAGACAGGUAAUGAUUCUCUGUGACAGUUCUGAGAGUCCAGCAGGAUUUACGUUACUUUGGUUACCAUUGGAAAGAGCUGAACAAGGAGUGUUAAUGUUAUCUAUUGUGGAAAUGAAUGGAGGACUUUAUAUAUCAAGUUCUAAAUACAGGGAGAACGCGUGUGCAUCAGUCUAUCUUGAUAGUAGAGUACAUGGGCCAUGUAGCACUAGCACAGAGAGAUUAGAAGGUUACUACACACUGGAUCACGAUAUUGCUCAUUGUUUUGUCAGUGAUUUUUGGCCUCCCUCUGCCUCCUCAUGGAUAGACAGAUGUCACUCAUGGCCCCCACCUCAUGUUGUCAAUGACAUCGUCAGAAAUGGAUGUCACUUUGUAGCAAUAGGUCACAAACUAGGAAACCAUGAAGACAACGAAUGGAGAAUUUCUUUCUCUCUGGCAGAACAUAAACUUGUGUACUCAAUGAAUCACACACAGUUCUUAACAUAUGGAUUGAUGAAAUUGUUCUUAAAGGAAAUAAUUAACAAUGGAUUAGGAGAGGAAGAUAAACUACUGUGUUCCUACCACAUGAAAACAGCUGUUUUCUGGGCCAUUCAACAAAACACACUACCUCACUGGUGUCCACAAAAUCUCCUGGUCGGUUUCUGGGUCUGCUUCAAACUUCUCCUUAAAUGGGUGUAUGAAGGAAUUAGUCCAAACUUUUUCAUUCCAGAAAACAACAUGUUUCUAAGCAAAAUUCAUGGCCAAGCACAAACAAGUUUAUUCAGGCGACUGUAUGGGUUGUAUGAGAAGGGUAUAACAUUGCUGCUACACAGUCCCUCCAUCAGGUCCUCUAUCAUUGAUGUCCUCUGUAAUCCCAGACUCACGGUGUGUACUGAUGAACACACUCUGAUCUCUGAGGCUGAAUUUGAUGUAAAAUUAUUUCUUGAGAUAUGUACUCAUGAUGCAUUAAUAAUUAACAGAUCAGACCUACAGCACUGUAAGAAGUACAUACAAACAAUAGAACAGUUGAUAGAGACACAACAGACAUCAGACCUACAGCGCUGUAUGAAGUACCUACACACAAUAGAACAGUUGAUAGGUUCUCCUCUGUCACAGUAUCAUGUUAUAAGUUUACAGAAACAUGCAGCCACCAUUCUUCAGAGCACUGCUUUUAUAUUACACAACAUGUGCACUAACACAGGUGUCAACAAACAGGUGUAUAUUGUAGACAAAAUGUACUGUCACAUGCUGGAAUUAGCAGCCAAGUUUGGGCUUGUUCCUGACAUGUUGUACAUUGCCAUGUAUUUUUACAAGACACUCAGAUACAGGGAAGCUUUAUCUGUUAUAGAGAUGACAAAGGUCAAGUUAGCACAGCCAUAUCUGAUGUAUAGGCGUGUAGACAGAGAGAGGUAUACUGAGGCUGUAGGGGGACAGUCCUGGUCUACAAAGAUGAGACAGGCUGUAGCAUGGGAAAUCAAACUUAUCAAUGAAAUAUCUUAUAUCAGUGAAUUAUUACCCGAACAACAGUCUAGUAGACAAAACAAAGAGCCUAGAUUACAUAUCCCACCCUUCGUACUGUUGCACAUGCUAGAGUUUUUAUGUUCCAGACAUAUUGACACAAUGAGAACACAAACAGCUCUAGAUGAUCUACAGGUCCUACUUCACUCUGAUCAAGGACUGUUCGUACCUUAUUACUACAGAGACAUCUCCUGGGAGAUCCUGGGGAUCUGUCAACAGAUGGCAGGAAACCUCCAGGCUGCCCUGUGCUCAUACCAACAGUCACUAGGACAAGUCUCAUUUAAUGAAAUACAAACUGCUACCACACAAAGAAUCCAUGAUUUACAUAUACCAACAUAAGAACUUUUGAAAUAUAGUGGUAUCUGGUGUAUUUGAGAAGCGUAGAC